AUGGCGACGCUUCAGGGCUCCGAGUCCCCUCUAACUGGAGCCAAAAGGAGACGCUGUCAGGGCAAUAUUGUCACAAAGUUCGCGUCCAGCAGAGUCACUGGCCGGGGGUUCAGUCGAGGGACGCAGCUCCCAGCAGGCCUGCUCCAGGAGAGGGACAAACGAGCCAAGUGGCAUGGCAUCCCCAACCUCCUGCAGAAGCUGUACGAGAGCAGCCAUCCCAACAGUGACUUCUCCCAGGCCCACAGUCUCCUUAAGGUAUUAUCAUCACAACUGUCCAUGGAGGCCAUGUCCUUUGUCACAGAAGAUAGAAAGACCUCUCAGGAAUCUACCUUCCCCAACACCUACACCUUUGAUCUUUUCGGUGGAGUUGAUCUGCUAGUUGAAAUCCUAAUGAGGCCUACACUAACUAUGCAGAAGAAGAAACCCAAAAUGAAUGAUGAUUUGGUGAAGGACUGCCUUAGUGUUCUGUACAACUGCUGCAUAUGUACCGAGGGCGUGACGAGGAGCCUGGCAGCACGUGACGACUUUGUUCUGUUUUUGUUCACCUUAAUGACAAAUAAAAAGACCUUCCUUCAGACUGCUACUUUAAUUGAGGAUAUCCUAGGAGUCAAAAAGGAGAUGAUCCACUUAGAGGGCAUUCCUAACUUGUCCGGUCUGGUCCAGAGCUUCGACCAACAGCAGCUGGCAAACUUCUGUCGCAUUCUGUCCGUCACCAUCUCUGAACCCGACGUGGGGAAUGAUGAUAAACACACACUCCUGGCUAAAAACGCUCAGCAGAAACGCAAUGCCAGCCCCUCGCGUGCGGAAGUCAACCAAGUCACCUUGCUUAACAUCCCUGGCUUCAUCGAGCGUCUCUGUAAGCUCGCCACCAGGAAGGUGUCAGAGGCCACAGGGGCAAACUUCCUCCAAGAGCUGGAAGACUGGUACACCUGGUUAGACAACGCCCUGGUGCUGGACGCCCUCAUGCAGAUGGCCACCGAGGAGGCGGAGCAGAGCAGCACCGAAUCUUCCGAUGAGAGCUCCUUAACCACCAGCCCGCUCAGACACCGGCUGCCCCAGUCCAUGAAGAUUGUGCAUGAGAUUAUGUAUAAAGUGGAAGUGCUGUAUGUGCUGUGUGUGCUGCUCAUGGGCCGCCAGAGGAAUCAGGUUCACAAGAUGCUGGCAGAGUUCAGGCUCAUCCCAGGUCUCAACAAUCUUUUCGACAAACUCAUAUGGAGGAAGUACACGUCUUCUAACCACGUGGUGCACGGCCAGAACGAGAACUGCGACUGUAGCCCCGAAAUCUCUUUUAAAAUCCAGUUUUUACGUCUCCUCCAGAGUUUUAGCGACCAUCACGAGAACAAGUAUCUCCUGCUGAACAGCCAGGAGCUGAACGAGCUGAGCGCCAUCUCCAUGAAGGCCAACAUCCCUGAGGUAGAGGCUCUGGUCAACACGGACAGGAGCCUGGUGUGCGACGGGAAGAAGGGUCUGCUCACACGCUUGCUCACCGUCAUGAAGAGAGAGCCCCCAGAUUCCUCCUUCAGGUUCUGGCAGGCUCGCGCCGUAGAGAGUUUCCUCAGAGGAGCUACGUCUUAUGCAGACCAAAUGUUCCUGCUCAAACGAGGACUUUUAGAGCACAUUUUAUACUGCAUCAUAGACAGCGGCUGUACUUCACGAGACGUCCUACAAAGCUAUUUUGAUCUGCUUGGAGAGCUCAUGAAGUUCAACAUUGAUGCUUUCAAAAGAUUUAACAAAUAUGUGAACACUCCAGAAAAGUUUCAGACGUUCCUGACCCAGAUCAACAGCUCCCUUGUGGACUCCAACAUGUUGGUACGCUGCAUUGUGCUUUCCUUGGACCGAUUUGAAAGCCAGACUGAGGAUGUCAAAGUAGUGGAGGUGUUGUCGGAGUGCUGCCUGCUCUCCUACAUGGCCCGGGUCGAGAACAGACUGGCCUUCCUCUUCCGACUCGUCAACAUCAUCAACGUGCAGACGCUCACGCAGGAGAACGUGAGCUGUUUAAACACCAGUUUGGUCAUUCUGAUGCUGGCCCGAAGGAAAGCCAAGCUGCCCUUCUACCUCAACGCCCUGCGAGAGAAAGAGUACGCCGAGAAGUAUCCGGGCUGUUUGCUCAAUAAUUUCCACAACCUGCUUCGGUUCUGGCAGCGUCACUACCUCAACAAAGACAAGGACAGCACGUGUCUGGAGAAUAGCUCUUGCAUCCCGUUCAGUUACUGGAAGGAGACGGUGUCAGUUCUGUUGGGCCCCGAUAGAACUUCUCUCUGUGCCAUUACCAGCUAUAUCGAUGAGCCCUUUGUGGAUUUGGACAAGGACCUUCUGGAGGAUUGA